AUGGAGCUUGUAUGCUAUCUCGACGCCGAUGACGUCCUCAACUACAACACCCCCGAGGACGCCAUCCUGAUGAGCUCGGCCUCCGGUGAGAAGUACGACUACAUCAUCAACUUCGCCAUUAACAUCGGGUGGUCACUGAUGAGGCCGACACUGACCAGCCAUGGUAGGGUGGUGGAGAUAACCCCAAACCCCGGGAACUACAUCCAAGGUGGGCCCACUAUGACUCAAAGUUCAAAGUCCUUGGCCCGCGCCCCUGGCUACAUCGUGACCGUGCUGACCAUGUUUGCCAAUAAGAAGAUAACAUGCAUGUCCAUGAGAAACGAGGAGAUGAGAUUUACGAUGGAGCUCGCCGGAGAAGGGAAGCUCAAGAUGGUGGCCAACUCAUGGCAUCCAUUCGAGGAGGCGGCGGAGCCGUGGGAGAAGAGCACCGGUGGUCAUGCAACACGGAAGGUCAUUGUGGAGAUGUGA